CAGACUUUAGGAAUUGUUCUCCUAUUUAAAAUUUCUCUUCGUAGUUAUUGACUUUGAUUUCUUUAAGGACGCGAUGAGCAAGGAAAUCGCCUUUGCAGACUUCUGUGAAGCACUGAAGAUUGUGCAGCCUUCCUGUCUGAGAAGCAGCGUCGGACUUACUGACUUCAAACCUGUCCAUUGGGAUCAAAUUGGUGGCCUGGAUCAAGUCAAAUUGAAAUUGAGACAGAGUAUUGAGUGGCCAGUGCUACACCCGCAGGCAUUUGAGAGGAUGGGGGUGACCCCCACUCGUGGAAUUCUGCUGUAUGGACCCCCAGGAUGUGCAAAGACCACGCUGGUGAAAGCUGCAGCAUCCAGCUGCCGCUGUCCUUUCCUGUCGAUCAGUGGGGCAGAUCUCUUUUCACCGUUUGUAGGGGAUUCUGAAAAGAUUUUGGCUCAGGUUUUUCAGCAAGCUCGAGCUGUAGCUCCAUCCAUCCUGUUCCUGGAUGAAAUUGAUUCCAUCCUUGGAUCACGUUCACUUGAUGGAGCAAGUUGCCGUUCUGUUAAAGAGCGGGUACUCUCUGUUCUUCUUAAUGAGAUGGAUGGAAUUGGGCAGCCACUGAUUGGGAGGAGAGACACAGAAAGGAAAGUACCUGCAUCUGAAGGAAAUCAAGUGGAACAGACAAAAAAGAUGCUGGAUUCAGUCUACCCUGGUAACUGCCAGCAAUGACCAUUGUGGAAUUUCCAGGACACUUGUAUUGAUGUCUGCAGGUCUCAUUAAUUUGAUUUGAUUUUAUUUAUUGUCACAUGUACCUUGUUAUUUACUGUAUUUUGCUUAGUGUUGCCACACUCUGGUGCCAUCUUAAAAUACACAAAAAAUAAACCAAAACAUA